AUGAAGUCUAGAAAGAGAUCACUACAUACGUCAACUACCAGCAAGAGUAGCAACCCCUUAAAGUAUCACCACGAAUUGUUACAAUUCCAACUGAACAAUGAAGCUAAUGACGAGCGUAUGAAAGAAGACGAGCGUUCGACUCUUGAGUUCAAGCAGGAAGCUCACAACAAAUACGAGGAGACUCAAAAAACUGGCGUAUCAAAUACUAAUGGAGGCGUCUCAAAUGAAUCGAAUACGUUUGACUUGAACAGCAAUGGCGAAACCAAUGUUAAACAAGAAGAGUUGGCAAAAUCUGAAGUUGUAUUACAAGACAACACUGUGGAAUCGCGCAGAUCCGACAUUAAUAGCAGGGAGCAAUCAGUUGAACUUGGCCAGGUGGAGCCAGACAUUGACGAUCCCAAUUUUUACUGUCGUUCAUGCAAUUAUACUCUCUCAAACAAGAGCGGAUAUCGAUCUCACCUGAAAAAGUAUCACAAAAUGAACCUGAAGCCAUUGGUUCCAAUUAGGAAUCCUGCUAUUUUGCCUGACUGGGACGAUCCAUACCAGUAUUGCAAAUCUUGCAAUUACACAUACGCUUCAAGAAAUACAUAUAAAGCACAUUGCAAAUACUUUCAUAAAAUGAAAGCACCCACAAGGUCAGCUGGAAUUCCAGAUAUCCGUGAUCCCAAUAGCUACUGCAAGGUAUGCAAUCAUACCUACAAAAGCAAGAGUUCGUACAUUACACAUUGUGUAAUUGUGCAUAAAAUCAGACGUGGACAGCGGUUUGCCAAUCCAGAAGCCACACCAGACGUACAAGAUCCAAAUAAUUACUGCAUACGAUGCGAUAGGACCUUUUGCAGCCGUUACGCUUUUAGGAAUCAUCUAUUUCGUAUUCAUCAGUUGAAGCUAUCACUGCCAAACGAGAUUGCACCAGACAUUGAUGAUCCCAACAAUCACUGCCGCUCUUGUGACAAGACCUUCGAUUCGAGAUAUAGCUUCAGAAUACAUUUGGCAUCGAUACAUUUCAUUGGAAAAUUACCUUACGAAAAAAGCAACGCAUAUCCAGAUGUUGAUGACCCCAACAACUACUGUCGUGUAUGUCAACGAAGCUACGUUUCAAGAGCACACUACCGCACUCAUUUAAAAGGAGUUCAUCAAAUGAUUCUACGGCCUCAAAAAAAUCUCAACAACCUUCCUGAUCCUGACGACCCGAAUUUAUAUUGCAGAGUGUGCGAUAAAACUAAAGAAACAUUGGUAUCCUACCGCGAACAUUGCAUGCAGAUUCAUCGCAUGGUAUUGAGACAUCAUUCCAUAUCAAACCCCAAUGCAACAAUUGAUAUCACUAGUCGUGAUAAUUACUGCGCUCAAUGUGAAUAUCGAUAUUCAAGCAAGUACGCAUUUGUAUGUCAUUUGCAAACUGUUCACGAUAUGUAUGUCAACCUGUGA